AUGCCUCUCACAGGGACCGAUCUUGAAGCGCCCCUACUGGCUGCCGCAGACCACACUGGAGAGGUGCCCAGUGGAGGAGGAGUCGAGGAAAAGCCGAGUGGCGGGCAGAGGAACCCCGAGGAAGCUGCGAGCUGGUUAUCGGACCUCACGUUUGGGUGGAUGACUCCGUUGCUCCGACUAGGAUAUAAGCGGCCGUUGAUGGAUGGGGACUUGCCCGAAUUGGCAUCGUAUGAUCGUGUGGACCCCAUAGUCAACCGGCUCGAGACUGAUUUCGAAAAGCGAAAUCAGCAUCUCUUCAAGACCUGUGUGGGCAUCUGGUGGUCUCCUAUGCUGAAGGCAGCGUUAUGGAAGACGACCAACGACGGGUCGCAGGUUGCCCUGCCCAUGCUCAUGGGCUGGAUGCUGAGUACGCUCUACGAAGCUGCAGUAACGGGAGAAUGGAGCUAUGUUGAAUUGGCUUUCACUGUCGCCGUCCUUAUGUUCCUCACACAAGUCUUUGGAGCUCUCGGGGAAGCACAAUACUUUCAGCACUCUAUGAGAGUCGGUUGCCAGGUCAGGGCUACGCUUAUGUCGGCUAUUUUCAGGAAGUCCAUGAGGCUAUCGAUCGCCUCAAGACAGAACACUUCGAGCGGGAAGGUCUCCAACAUGAUCAGCUCCGACGUUGACGCCCUGCAGAUGCUAUGCAAUGUUGGCAAUACAGCGUGGAGUGGUCCACUCAGGAUUGCAAUAUCAAUGAUACUGCUGUAUAAGGAGCUGGGCAUGGCGUCGGUGAUGGGUGCAUUGGUGUUGGUAGUGAUGGUACCGGUCCAGAAGAAGAUCAUUGGUUGGCUCUUCUUGAAGAUCAAGGCCGCUCAGGGGUACACCGAUGAGAGGCUGCGACUGGUGUCAGAGACGAUGGAGGCGAUGCAGAUUGUGAAGUGCUAUGCUUGGGAGGACAGCUUUCAGUUGAAGACAGAGGAGGCUAGGGAUAAGGAACUAUCUAAACUGAAGGACUAUGCGGAAGUCAGAGCCUUCAAUAGCUUCCUCAUCAACGCUAUACCAGUAUUGGUAUCGGUAGUGUCCUUUGGGGCUUACGUACUCAUACCGGGCAACCCUCCUCUCACUGCGGUGAAAGCCUUCACAUCGCUAAGUCUUUUCAACGUCAUCCGCUUCCCCCUAAUGCAGCUGCCUAACGUCCUUAACCAGAUUUCGGCAUGCAUAGUGUCGAUCAAUCGUAUAGAGAGUUUCCUCAAGCUCCCCGAGUUGGACGAGUCCACUCGUAUUAGGACCGCAUCCAAGGUGGACGAUUUGUCCCCGACCGACCACUUGGUAGUAGUACCCCAGCAGCACUUAUGGUUGGACAUCAAUGUCACUAUUCCUAGAGAUAAGCUCACGAUCGUGAUAGGAGCCUCGGCUAGUGGCAAGUCUAGUUUCCUGCAGGCCAUCAUGGGUCAGAUGCCCAAGCUGGUAGGAUGCACGAGCGCUGGAGAAGGGGUGGCUUAUGUACCGCAGACAGCAUGGAUAUACAAUGCUACUGUAAGGGACAACAUCCUCUUUGGAGAGCCUUAUGAUGAGGAACGAUAUAAGCAAGCCAUCGAAUGCAGUCAGCUGGCCAGAGACCUCCUCAUCUUCCCAGCAGGUGAUGCUACUGAGAUCGGCGAGAGAGGUGUGAACAUGUCGGGUGGCCAGAAGCAGCGAUUGGCUUUGGCCAGAGCGAUGUACUCUGAAUAUGAACUGGUCCUUAUGGACGACCCCAUCAGUGCCUUGGAUGCAUCUGUAGCUAGAGCGGCCUUCCAAGAGGGUAUACAGGGCAUGAUGUUGGGUCGUACAAGAGUGUUGGUCACCAAUAGAGUAGAGUUCGUGCAUGCAGCCGACUGGGUUAUCGUUAUGGAUGGCAAGGGUGGUCUUGCUGGUGUUGGUACUCCUGCCGACCUCACUGAGAACUGCUCUGAGUUCCGGAGGUUGGUAUCUCUGGCCAAGUCAGAUGAUGCCAGUAUGAAUAACGACAAGUCCAAUAGCAGUUCUGGUGGCUCUGCUACUGAGUCUACAGCGGACAGUAGUGAGGAGAUGGCUAAGGAGAAGGAGGCGACGAAGGCAUUGGUGAAAACGGAGGAGAGAGCCACUGGCGCUGUACAGUGGAGAAUUGUCAAGUUGUAUGCUAAAGCUAUGACCUGGCCUAUCACCAUUAUUGGUAUGUUUACCUCUAGUGAAGGCUUCAGAGUUACAGCAGCCUGGUGGUUGUCUAAAUGGUCGGCUCAUCCCGAGUCCCCUGCUGCCCGUAAUGUGGCCUACUAUAUGGGGAUAUAUGGUGUCAUCUGCCUCUCCCAACUGGUCGCUCUAUUCUUCGGCCAGAUCAUGACGGCUAUUGGUGGCAUCACAGCUGCCAGGAACCUCCAUCGUCGCAUGUACGAUUGUCUGCUGCGUGCGAAGAUGUCCUUCUUCUACUCCACACCUAUCGGUCGUAUACUGAAUCGCUUCUCUAAGGAUGUCCAGGACAUGGACCGUAACUUGGCUCCAUCGCUGACAAUGACGGUGAACUCUGUCCUUACACUCAUAGGAACUAUGGUGUUGUUGUCUUUGUCUGCUUACUAUACGCUCAUAGCCUUUGCACCAGUGUUGUUGGCCUUCUAUUACGUGCAGAACUACUAUAGAUGCACUAGUCGAGAAGUAAAGAGGUUGGAUGCCCUCACUAGAAGUCCCAUAUACAACCACUUCCAACAGACCCAAGAUGGCAUCUCGACUAUCCUGGCAUUCCGCAAGCAGGACGCCAUGGACGCCGUUAAUUCCUAUCUGAUAGACCAUCACAUUCGCUGUAAUGUGGUGCAGAUGUCCAGUAACCGUUGGUUGGCCAUCCGGCUCGAGGCCUUUGGUGGCUUCCUCGUGCUCAUAACGGCGGUCUUUCUGAUCAUGGCCCGCAAUAUUAUCAAUCAAGGCGUCGCUGGUUUGGCUAUCAGCAGUGCCUUGCAAAUCACUGCAGCGCUGAGUAUGUUGACGAGAGUGAUAGCAAUGGCCGAGAACGCUUUCAACUCGGUGGAACGUAUCGUGGGGUACUCUGAAGUGGAACCGGAAGCAGCCUCGGUGGUGGAGAGUAAUAGGACGCCCAAGGACUGGCCACAGGACGGGAAAAUCACCUACAAGAUGGUCACAGCUCGAUAUCGCUCUGAUCUGGCUCCGGUUCUGCGGAAUGUGAGUUUCUCCAUCGCGGGUGGCGAGAAGGUUGGCGUCAUCGGCCGUACGGGUGCUGGCAAGACAUCUCUGUUGCUGACUCUAUUCCGUAUCAUCGAAAUAGAGAGUGGCAGGAUCACCAUUGAUGGCAUUGACAUCUCGACGAUUGGCCUUCGAGAUCUGCGAUCAAAAUUGGGUAUUAUUCCACAGGAUCCCCUCAUCUUUGGUGGCACUCUGCGGUCUAACGUGGACCCUUUCGGCAAACAUAGUGACGAAGAGGUGUCGAAGGCCUUGGCGAGUGCUCAUCUACAGAACAUGCCACUGAGCACGUCUAUAGCUGCUGGAGGGGGCAACCUCUCGGCAGGGCAGAGGCAACUGGUCUGUUUAGCCAGGGUCAUCUUGAGGAAAUCGAAGAUACUGGUCCUUGAUGAGGCCACGGCAUCGCUGGAUGCCCAGACCGACGCCUUGGUGCAGUUGACCAUUCGAGAGGCCUUUGCUGGGUGUACUGUGAUCACCAUUGCUCAUAGGCUUAGCACUGUUAUAGAUGGUCACCGUAUUAUAGCAAUGGACCGAGGACAGAUAGUAGAGUCUGGUAGUCCCGCCGAGCUGCUUUCGAAUCCAGUUGGCCAUCUCACUCGUAUGGUGGAGGAUACUGGUCCUGCGUCCGCCAAGCAUCUUUAUGAGAUUGCCAUGGGUAAAGUUAGUUUGCAAGAGGAGCUGCAGACCCAGCUAGGUGGCACUGCUCGGGCGGUGUCGAAGUCUAUGGACGACCAGACAGUAGAGUGGAGGCCAUUGCCGACUUGUGAGCGUUGUGAGCAUUUCGCCAAGAUGUCAUUGGAGGAUCUCGAGAAUGUGGAGUUCCCAGCUGGGAGCUCGGCAGAGAACGCUAGGAUGGCUCUGAUGGAGCUAGCAUUAGCGGUGGAAGAUGUGACUCAGAGCAGUGGCAACAGGUUUACGGAGAGACCUACAGAUUAGCGAGGCUACGUGGUUACAGUCGAUGGAGAAAUGGACCGAGGAGUUACAUGGCGAGGUAAAGGAGCAACGGAAGAGAUACCUCACGAAGGGUCACUACUUUGUCGAUGGACAGGACUUACCGACGAACUAAUAGCAACUACUAUUAUACCAGAAUUUGAGCUAUGACUCGGCUCGCUCUCUCAUGCUACUGAGGGGGUUUUCACUGAAGGAAGUAUUCCAGCGCCACCUUUUCGGAGCGGCAAAAUGCAACUCGACAUCGGCGGAUCGUAAUUUGGGUUUUAGUAUCAUUAGUGAUUUCCUCAGAGACUGCUACGAUUUC